AUGGCGGCUCUAGAAAGCAAUCCAUCUUGGAUCGAAUGUGUGUCCACCAACAGCUCAACUCUUGUAGUCAAUGGCACACUCACGGUGGACGAUGGAGGGCGCGUUAACCACGGGCGCUGGCUCAUGAUCGUUGUGGCGAUUGGUUUGCUGGCUAAUUUCGCCUUCUUACUCGUUGUGGCUCGGUGUGAAUCCAUGCGUAACGUCACCAAUGUCUACCUGGCCAAUCUGGCUAUUGCUGACAUCAUCGUCUUGAUUGUGUGCGCAAUUCCCCUCCCUCGUUACUGCGUUGUCGUGUAUUUGGAGCGCAUCAUCACUUCAGAGAAAUGUGAGGUGUAUGGCGUAACAUCACCCAACAAUCCUCUUAUCGAGAGCUGCAACAAGACACACGGGUUCAAUCCUUCCCCAUCUCUGAGUGACGUCUUCAAAGUCCUACCCUUCGUCUUGUGUCUCUCCAUGAAUUGUUGGCUGUACGCGCGCAUCGUCAAAAACCUCAGAAAUCGAUUUGUGCAUCGCAUGAAUCGCCCCAACCAGCAGGUACCGGAGUGGAUCAGGAAGAUCCACCAAUCACGGGUCCGUAUCACCAGGAUGCUUGCUCUCAACAGCUUCAUUUUCCUCCUCUGCAACACGCCUAGGUGUGUGACCACAAUCAGUGGUUACAUCCACGACACCCUGGGGGAGCCUCGCUGGGACGCGGACCAGAAGGUCCAAAUGUUCUCCAGCAUGCUCCUCCUCGUCAACUCCAGUAUAAACCCUCUCAUCUACAACUUGACCAACAAGCAGUACAGACAGGCUUUCCGUCAGGUCUUCCUGCCGUCUUGUCGCUCAGCGUCUCGGCCAAGUCAGACAACGCCCACCGUUUUCCACCUGCAGAUUUCUUCUGACUGA